UAUUGUCCGUGUGUACAAAGUAAGGGAACGUGUUCACCGCCUUCCGUAUGCAAUGGUCGUGGUGUGUACAUUCCAAUUGGAUCGUGCGCCGUCGUCCGAAACACAACAAGCUCCGCGGUUUGCCUUGGCUCACUAAGGCUGUGUGUAGGCCCAUCUCGUCGGAUCCAUGCGAGGUUUAGUUGCAAUUGGAUUUCGACACGGUUCGCACUAAAGCUUAAACCGUGUCUCUUCGCGUGGAUACAGAAGGUGAAGAACUUUCACUCUGGUGGGUUGGUUGGUCCCUACAUGGGCCCCAUCUCCGACUCGCAGGGUUGUCCGGGUUGGUCGAUAUUGGCAGAGUUAGUUGCUGCAGCAACAGCAGCGAAGGCCGCCUAUGUUGGCAUGCGGGGAAUGUGCUUUUGAAAAGACUAAAAGACGAUCGCGACGAGUGUGGGAUUAGUCUUUUUUGUUAAAUUAAGUCAAACAGUGGAGAGUAAGCCAGAGAUUAACAACUACACACAGCAGGCUUAGCAAUGCAGGACAGUGUUAACGUGUUGAACGACGAUGGUGAUGAUGGUUCUAAUCCGAAGGAAGCGAGAAAUGGCACCGAUAUCGAUCUGAUGAACAACGCGAAUGCGAACAGUUUCCGGGAGAAAAUCAGCGAGUGCAUACGCAGUAAAGGCUUAGGCGCCCCAUUUGCCAGUGAUAGAAACGUUCGACCCGCUUCCUUGCCAAUUAAAAAGUGUUUCAAUUACAGCGACGAUGGUGCUGGUGUUGGUAGUAGCAAAGUGGACACACAAGGCGAAGCACUACUAAGCGCAUCGCAGUCGCGAGCAGAGGCGACAUUCCUCAGCCCAAGUGAAGGCCAAUUUUGGAAACGCUAUGCGGAGGUGUCAAAGUUCACGAAAGACAAUAGCAACGGCAACAGCAACAACGGUGGCGGGGUGGAUUCUGCCGCGAAGAACCGUCGAAGAUCGGAUACGUCGUUUAUGCUUGCGAAGCAGCGAUUAUCGUCUUUUGGCGUAGGAGAGCAUGCGACGACAAAUGCCGAGACAAUGGAUGAUGAUUUAGCGCCGCUCUUACCCAGCAAGCGUGAAUUGUCGCAGGAGGACAUCUAUCAAUCCCAAACCUCGCUCGUCUCCAGCUCAGAGGGCGGAAUCCUCGCUGAAGGCGAAGAAACUUCCAGUGAAUCGCAAAUCUCAGAAAGCUCUCGCAGUCCAGCAUGUGUUUUGGGGCUCAUCGAACGGUUGCUGCGAACUCACCCAGUGUGGUUCUUGCCAGGUAUCCAGCGUUCCGGUGCCGUUCAUCUGCUGCAAGGGAAAGAAGAAGGGAAUUUUAUCGUGCGUGGUUCAAGUCAAUCGAAAACCAUGGCCGUAUCCGUUCGUCUUCCCUUAGAUGUUGGCCCCUACAUCGAGCACUAUCUGAUCCAGUCAAACGACGGUUUGCUCAGCUUGGAGAGUUCUCGUUUCAAGUUCGAUUCGAUUCCGGCGCUGAUUGCUCACUAUUCGCAGUGUUGUGAUGAACUCCCCGUUCAACUAUGUCUUCCCAAAGCGCUUCGCGAAGCGAAAAAUCGACAGCUACUAUCCUCGCUAGCAUUGCUUGGACAAGAGUUCUGGCGAUAUCCAAUGGCUUCGCCAAAACCUAAAACCGUACUAUCAGCCAAUUCUAGUCACUUGAACACACCUUCCGAUGCCACACAAUCCAGUGGCAUCGGGUUGACGUUCAAUAACAAUAGAAACUUAUCAAGUUUCAACAAUUUUGGGCAGGAAACCAAUCCGAACUUUGUCGGCCCGGGAGAAACUCCCACGGAUACCAUAUCAACAAUGAGCAGUUUCACUAUCGGACCAGGACACCAACUCCUCAGCCCGGAGUCAAUUGACAGUGCUGUGAUUAUGUCACCAUCGGACCCCAAUCAAACCGGAAUUAUUGGCAAAACAAGCACCUUCAAGUCAAAGCGACCGCUUCCUUCGCCGACUGUAGUUUCAUGUGAUGUCGAGAAGCAGAUCGAAAUCUUUAAUGCCAAUUUGUUUGGCAGCACGGAUUCGAAAAUUAAUGAAACGGUCAGCACAAGUACUUUGGAACGACAGCUGAAGACUCCGAGGCCCACGCCUCCUAACACAUUAAAUAUAAAACCCAUAAGAAGUCCUCCAGCGCCACCUGCCAGGCGAUUGAAACCAUCCAGUGCUGCCAGUACACCAAACAUCGAUUCCAAUCCAAUGUUUUCCAACAAUAUCACAGUGACGACAACGGUUACAUUUAGUGUGGACAAUCAUACCAAUGCGAACAUCAUAGAGUUGGUUUCGCCGAGUGAGACUAAUAAUAACUGCAAUAGCAAGAGCUUUACAACUUUCCAGAGCUCCCUCAAGCGACUACCACCAGAAGGAGAGUGUCACAUUCCGGGAGCAUUUCUCAAAAACCAAGACACUAAUGAUAGGGCAUCUGAUUCGGAAGGUAAUCUCAUGGCGAUUCAAUCGCCACUUGGUCAUGGCAAUCAGCUUUCAUUCCGAAAACAUACCAAGAUGGAGUCCAGCUCUGGUUUACUACACACAACUCGAACCAGUAGACGUAGCAAGCGAAAGGAGUCGAAACAUUAUCAGGAGUCCGAUAUUUUGGAAUCUCCUUCUGUGUACUGUCGAAGCAAUUUGGGUGAUAAGAUAAGUGACUAUGAGGAUCUAUGGACGCAAGACAGCAAUGGAAACACCACUCUUAUAAAGGGUGAUAAAUUGUCCACUUUUAAACCUGUGCUUGAUAAACCCUCAGAUCUACUUUCACCAGCUCAAGAAACGUUCAGCCCUUUGGUGCUUGAUCGACCAAUCAUCUCCUACAACUCAUCCAUUCCAACAGAAAGUCAAAAGCCAUCUAUGAUGUCGUCUUUCAGCAGCAGUGAAAACUUUAUUCAGCUUCGCCAGCAUAGAGACGCCAGUAGCGAUCGUAGUACUCCUACCGAGCAGCACCAUAGAAACGUACUAAAAACAUUCUCGCCUACUCCGAUGCACGAGAAGCCAAUCUCUAACCCAAUGCUGGAACCUCGUUAUCGAAUGGGUCUCUGUUUUCCGAAUGUGAUACCGAAUCGAUGUGACACCAAUGGGAACAGCCGAACGGAGACGCCUUCUCCGUUGCUGAACAACGGCAGCCCUGCUCCGUCGAAUAAACAGGAUAGUCCUUUCUAUGCAGAUCCAGCUGAUGUUUUGAACAGUAUUGUACGAAGAAGCCCCUUCAAUAGGACAACAAUAAUGUCGAGUAAUCAAAGGCAUUCCGAGCCUCCAAAGCAGUUGCUGAUGGACGCCAACUCACCGCUGAUGUGGUCUUCUGUGGAGCAGGAUAUUAGGCAUAAGAAUCAACUAGCUGCAUCGCUGGACGAGCUGAAAAACCCCAGAAACGUACAUCAGCCACAUAGUCGAGUACCCCAGACAGACAGACUAAACCUCGAUCGGUUGUCGCUGGAGCAAACGGAAAACAAUGACUACGACAACGACCUGCGGUGGAACAGUGACCACACCAAAUCCAAAUCUCCCCCGCCAACCGUCGACACCGUUGCAGGUCAGAAAAAUGUCAAAAUUUUGCCACCGGACGAAGCCCGCGCCGUAACCGUUCACCAGAUCAUAGCCAAACGAUUGCCGCAUCUAGACUUGCCAGAAUUUCCCGCCAAUAGCAAUGGAUCCUCGGAGCCAGCGAGGAACAACGCAAACGAGAAUAGCACGGGUACUUUAACCAGGACACAGCGGAAGUCCGCCUACGACAAUGUCGAGAAACAAGCUGCAGGGUACGCGGCAUCUUUGCUGAACAGUGCCCAGUCAGACGAUGGAACGGUGUUCUCCGAACCGUGGGACAGUUCACAGUGGGAUAGCUUUUUACCUCAAGACAACAACGCGGAUACGAUGCCAGUUGGGAACAUCGAAGGAACUUCAACGGCCAUGGGUGGCAUAGGAGGCCCAGGUAGAUUAUCCGAACGGUACGGAUCGCGAAACGAGUUAUCAUCUUACAACAGUAUGUCGUUGCGUCGCAACGGCCAGUCGAAAAAGUGCAGCGUUGCCUCGCAAAAGGUUGCUACGAUACUGCGGUCCAGGAGUUGCCGGGAUCGGGAGAUAUUGUGCCACCCUCGCAACAAAACUGUGUUCAACGGUCCGGGCGAGUCUAUCGGAACGUACGCCCUAUCGCUGGCCGAUGACACCGAAUCGACCUUCUCGCGGAAUAUAUCCAACUUCAUAUCAUGCACCAAAGAGUCGAAGGCCGCUCCGCAGGUCGUGAUGCGGAACAUGCGACAGUUCAUGAGCGGCAUGAAGAACUACCUGGUCAAGCACGGCGAGGGCGAGUUCGCCAACGAGGUGCAGAAGGCGCGAUCUCAGCUCAAGUCGGACGAAUUCCUCAAUCUGGACUCGAUACUGGAGGAAGUGAUGCACCGAUUGGUGAUUCUCCCGCUGCGGGAGCACCUUUAUGGGCUGUUUGUGGAUUACUACACGCAAUCGGGAGACAUUCAGCUGCUGGUGGAGAAAGUGAAACAGGCCUGCGGGCGGGGACCGUCGGUGUUUGGAAUCAAGAACAACGUAACUCCGCCGAGUGCAAGUGCUCUCCGACAAAUCUCUGCCCUGUUUGUGCGUCUUCAGGAAACGGAACUGCCCCUCGAGAAGCUGGAUCUUCUCCUGACGGCCGUGUCGACUAUCUUCGAGGCCACGUGCUGCUGCAACGGCCAGCAGCUCAGUGCGGACGACUUUCUGCCAGUAUUAGUGCUAGUGGUAGCCCACUGCGGGUUCAUUGGGGCCGAAAUCGAAGCCGAGUACAUGUGGGGUCUGAUACAGCCAUCGCUGUUGAGCGGCGAGGCCGGGUAUUAUCUGACAGCACUUUGUAGCGCGGUUCACGUGUUGAAAAACUUCUCGCUGCACGACCACGAAGGAAUCUCCGGUUCAAUUGAGUGGAACUCAUCAACUCUUCCGGAGUGCUCAUCCGUACUGAGGGUAAUAAUUCCCGACGAGUAUAACGGGUCCAUCCAGACCCGCACGUUGCCCAUCCGACCGCACACAACGACAAGGGAGGUGUGCCGAAUCAUAGCUCACAAGGCAAGGAUCACCAACGCCCAGGACUAUGGUCUGUUCAAGUUGAUCGAUGGGGAAGAAACCCUUCUGCAAGACAACGAGUGCCCGCAGGAUGUGCGGAUGGCAGCAUGCGGUAAACACUGCAUGAUAGCCUACAAACGGGUGGAUGCGAAAAUCGCGUGGCCUACUGCAAUGCCAACGAGUUUGACUGAUAAUCAAUAGCGUUAGUGGUAGCGUUAGUCUUUCCGAUAGCAAGCUAGCAUGUGAAAAUAUACAAAGACGUUUUUUUUUUAUUUAUUUGACCAAUCAGAAAA